AUGAGGCUGAUGUACACCCAAUACAAGCUAUUGGAUCUGGUGGAGGGGAAGGAGAAGAUGCCGGAGGCCGCGGAGCUGAAAGGAGCGUGGAUGAAGCGAUUGUUCGACGCGUACAUGCUCAUGUCGUGGUCUGCACUAGCGAUCAACCUCAACUCCCAACAACCCCAAUGGAGCGUGGAUUACAUUCGCGUGCGCAUCCUAGAGGAGGACUUGCGGCGGCGGAGUGUGGAGCGCUCGGAGAAGGGGGCUGGCUAUGGAGUUGGAGGUGGAAAGAGUGGCUUCAAGAAGAAGUGGAAGGGCAAAAACAAGGACAACCCUAAGGAGGAUGGCGGCGGGGGUCAAGGGGAGGUGUGCUUCUACUCCAAGAAGCGCGGACAUCGUUGGCGGAAGUGCUACCAACGACCCAAGGAUUGGACCCCGCCUUCAUCGAGCAACCUGCAUGGUGGCAAGAGGAGUGGGGGAGUCAUGGGAGCUAGUGGUGAGGAGAAGGAGGAGGAGAAAGGCGGCAAAUCUGAGGAGCGGAAGGCCGGGUUCUUCUUUUUCGUGAACGAAGGCGCAACCGACCUCGCUAUGGCGGCCAAGAUCCCGGUCCUCCCUUGGCGGAAAUUGGGCAAGGCGGCAGCGGUGGCAUCUGUGGAGGAGAGUGUCAUCGAGGAGGAGCAGCAAGGUGUGCAAGGAGAGGAGCUGAUUGGAGGAAGCGCGGCGGUGAAGGCGUCGGCUACCUCGGGCCAAGCGGAUUGGGAGACUUGGCAUCGGCGGCUCGCACACGGGACCGAGGAUCCCCGUGUGGCCCGUGAGCCGUUCCCCAGGAGGGGAAGGGGACCGAGGGUCCUCGUGUGGCCUGUUAGCCGUUCCCCCGGGAGGGAAGGGGACCGAGGGUCCCUGUGUGGCCUGUGA